AAUCUACAUAACUCGUAAGACUACGCCACCAACUAAUUCUAGACUGAAUUACAAAACAUGCUAUUAUAGAAAUCUCUAAUAAGCAACAAGUACGGAAUCCUAAUUUUAACCGACUAGGUCCAAAUUCUAAACUAACAAGAAAACACAAACAAUUAAUUUAAAAAAAGAAAAAGAAAAAGAAACUAUAUAACACACCAAACUUCUAUUUUUGUUCAACUUCUUAAAUCUAAUCUAUAUCUAGGCGUAAGCGAAGAGAACCACUGCCCGGCUCAUUGACGACUCCUUUGCCGAAGAAGAAUUGAUUCAGCCGCUACCAUACCACCUAAGCAUGUUGAUUUCGCUCGGGGUUUUCUGAAAUUAGUUGAUUGUCCUAGCGCCUGGAAAGUGUUUGAUGAUAUGCCUCUGUGAGAAUUUGAUUAGGUGUUUGGGAAGGGCAUCCGAUUUUUCUCUAUUGGAUCGGACCACCGCCUUGAGGAGUCGCUACGAUGGCGCGCAAGCGUAAGCUCCAGGCACCCACAAGUUGUGAAUCUGAAGGAACUUGUUCUGAAAGUGGAAUGGACAGAUUUAGUGAUCUUCCGGAGGAAGUUGUUCAUCGGAUUCUUUCCUUCCUCAAUUUCAAAGACCUCACUCGAGUGGGUGCUGUAUCCAAACAAUGCAGACAAUUUCGUCUCUCGGUUCCGGUGGUGAAUUUUGGUACAGAUGAGCGGACAGGCAUAAAAAAAGUGGAUUUAGCGAGGAUGAUGACUUCUUUUGAUCGGUACUUGCUCGAUCGUGGUCAGAACAGGAUGCAGCGAGUCUGCAUCAGCUUGAGUGUCUGUAAAAGUGAAACAACGAAGAAAGUUUCUGAUGACCAUUCUCGAGUACUCAAGUGGAUUCGUGAUGCAGUAAGGUGUAAUGUUGAAGAGCUUGAUCUCUAUUUCUCACACCGUGUUAGUAGUACGUUCUCGUGGCCAUCUUUCAUCUUCCAUUCUCAAUCUUUGCGCUCUUUAUCGGUGUCCUCAGGUGUAAGCAUUUUGGAGAUUGUUGAAGCGCCGUCUCUAUCCUUUUCUAGUAAUCUCCAUUACUUAUCAUUGAGUUCUGUGAAAAUAGUAGACGACAGGGUUUUCAAAUGGAUCUCAUGCUGCUGCAAGUGCCUUAAGGAAUUACGUCUUAUUUCUAUCAACGGUAUACCAAAUAUCUCCAUUGAAAGUUCGUCUUUGGUUAACUUAUAUGUUUUCGAGUGUGGUGACAUACAUCUUGUUAUAUCGGGUCAGAAACUUGAAUAUAUAGAUAUGGACUGGGGUGGUUACGAUGCAUCUACGAGCAGAAAAAGCACAAUUAGCAACACAUCAUUGAAGAUUUUUGCUCCAAAUCUUAAAACUUUGAAAUGGAAAGGCGAAUUGAGGAAUAGCCAAAGUCUGGGAAAUUUAAAGAGUUUGGAAGAAGUUGAGAUUUUCUUAGCGCCUCUGAAAAAUGAGUUUGACAAAGUAUUGGAGGUUCUUUGCAGUAUAUGUUCGGCAAAAGUUAUGACCAUAAACGAGGAGACCGUUAAGGCUCUGUACAAGGAAGGUUCCACGACAACACUAAUAUUGGAUAAUAUUUUAAACUUGAGCAUACAUUGUGAGAACUUGAAUAACAGGCUUGUUCCUGCAAUGGUCUCUCUUCUUAGGAGAAUGCCUAAUCUGAAUAUUUUGUGCAUAAAGACUAGCUGUGAGAAUUUGACUCCUGAAAAAGCAAGUCUCUCCAGUAAUGAAUGCUGGAAAUUGCAAAACCUUGUUUUCAUUCAUCAGCUUAAGGAGGCAAGUCACUUUGGUAAUGAAUACUGGAAACUGCAAAACCUUGCUUUCAUUCAUCAGCUUAAGGAGGUAAUCAUAGAGAAUUCCUAUGGAUCUAAUGAAAUCGAGUUUGCAAGAUAUAUUCUCGAGCGUGCUCAAAAUUUGAAGAAAAUGGUCAUUGUUCAUCGUGACGAUGAUGCUCCAUCAAAAGUUGCUGGGAUGGUGAGUAGGAGCAAGAUGAUUUCCAGUGCUUCCAUUUUCAUCCAGCAGGAUCCACACAGGAUUUACAGAAUUUGUGGUCCGGGAUCUUACAUUUCGUAUUCGGGACCUGAUAUAUUGAAAUCUGGGAUAGUGACUAUGAGAUCUUAGACAGUGACAUAGCAAAUAAGAGAGAUUCUCGGGAUCUAGAAGGAAGAAGGAUUGAUUUUUUUUUUUUUUUUUUUGGGUAAAUAAACAAACAUUUCGUACGUCUUUUAACAGUUUGCAUGAGUAGAAAUCAAAUUCAAGGUGUAAUGUUGAAGAGCUUGAUCUCUAUUUCUCACAGAGUGUUAGUACCAGUACGUUGUCGUUGCCA